ACCACCGAAGCCCGAGUAUUAAUCAAUUCAGGAGCAGAAGGGCUUCUCAUUGACAAACAAUUUUGUUUGGACAAUAACAUACUGAUGCAGAAAAUCAACAAACCUAUCCCUGUGUUUAAUGUGGACGGAACAGCCAAUGAUGGAGGAAAAAUCACCGACAAAGCCUGCCUGCUUAUGAGAAUGACAAACAAAGAAGGCGAUUAUCACGACGAACAAUGCAAACUACUGGCCGCUAACCUAGGAGGAGAAAAUAUAAUCCUAGGAACGGAUUGGCUACAUGAACAUAACCCACAAAUCAACUGG